AUGAAGAGGAGUUCAAGUCAAGAGAUUUACCAUAGUCAUGACACGGGAGGGUACCGAAAGAGUAGAACUCUUUCCAGUGGAUUUCGUAAGAUUUUUCACGCCUCUAGAAGCACUUCUAAAUCUCAAAAUUCUUUCUCUUCUUCCUCCACUUCCCUAAAUAUCAAAACUGAAACUGGGCGUACGCAAAAACAACAAAAUCCUCAACGCCUGUACAAAUCUGUCUCGACGUUUUUCAUAAAAUAUUGCCAUGGAUGUUGUCCUUGCUGUCGAUGCUGCUGUGGAAACUCGGCUACAACGGAUUCUCCUCCACAAAACAACGAACAUUAUCAUCAAUCACGGCGAUGUUGGUGCUGCUGUCGUGGUACGCGACGUAAAGGGGAGAGAAUUUCGACAUCAGAACCCCCUAAAGCUUCUCCUCCACCACCUCCCACUACACUCUCUUCAAUUCGAGUACGAUUUGAAGAGGAGGUUAUUGAGCCACCAGAUUACGAUCAUGAUUUGAGAAGGCGAGAGCGUAGACUUAGAUUCAAAGAGGAAGUCAAGGAGGAUGACUUAGUUACUAAUGAGGCAUCAAGUUUAAUGACAGAACAGAAGAACCAGAAAAGGGAAUAUGCUGAAAGACAACACAUAGAGGACGAGGAGGAGGAGGAGAAUUCGAGUGAUUCCUCUGCAACCGUCACAAUCGUACCGGUUUCCAUGUGGAUAAAUAGUUUAUUAUAA